UCAUGCUGCUGCCAGGUCCAGAGUCUCUCAUGGGUCCCUGUACGGCCUCCCAUUGCUGCUGUCUCCAUCGCCACACUCUGCCAUGUGCCACUUUCAGGUCUCCUCACCAAAUGCUGGUGUUUCAAUUUUUUUUUCAAGGGUGGGUGCCAGAUUACGGGGGCCCCCUUUUAGCUGCUAAAAAACCCGGGCCCCCAAUCUGGGCCCUGGGGCCCCCAAAAACCCCUCCUCAUGUCAAACCGGGCCGGGCCCCCCAGUCCUCAUGGUUUCCCGUACGGGCCCCCCAAAGCUGCUUCUCCAAACCCACACUCUGCCAUGGCCACUUUUAGGUCCCCCCACACACUGCGGUGUGUUUUCCUUUUUUUGUC